AUGUUGAAUAAACUAUCGGAUAUAUUAGAGAAAAUGGCAAAUGAUUCCGACACACAUGUUACCGUUAUUAUAACGAAUGAUGCACAUUUUUGCCAAGGUAUUGAUUUGACCGAACUUGCUCUAGGUGCAGUUGAAAAAAGGAAAAAUGUGGUGAAAAAUUUAUGUUCAGCAGUCAAGAGAUAUUUGGUAACAUUAGCCUCAUACCCAAAACCAUUGAUAGCUGGUGUAAAUGGUCACGUUAUGAAUCUGGGCCUAAUGCAAUUGAUAUUUUUUGAUAUUGUCGUGGCUGGAGAUAAGUGUACAUACGAAACGACAUAUACUAAAAUGGGACAAUUACCGGAAAGUUAUGGUGUAUGGAAUAAAUUGAAUAAAAUACGUGGAUCAUUUAAAACCAAAUUAUUUUGGUUAGGUGAGAAAGUACAAUCUACCGAGGCUGCAUUGGCGGGUCUGGUCAACAAACUAACUACUGGCACUAAAGUUAAUGAGGAAGCUAUAAAUGUUGCCAGAAAAAUGGCUUCAAUGCCUCCUGAGUCAUAUCGAUCAAUGAAAAACACUGUAACACAAUGCUAUCUGGGAGCCAUUGAAGAAACAUUUGACGAAGAAUUCACUACAAUUGCCGAGCAAUGGACAUCCAGUGAAUGUCUGGAACAAAUUAAAAAAAUUACCGAACAAGGGCAUUUUUAG